GUCAAAGUAACCAUAACCACAUCAAUUUUUUUUAGCCGUAGCUUAAUUUUUUUCACAAAAAUUUUAACAAUCUUCUAUAAAUUAAGUUUCGAAUAUUAAUAUUGCAAAACAUAAUGGAAGUCAUAGGCCCAGCUAGAAACUGUAUCAAAUUAUUACAGGUUCUUCAGCCAGGUUUCCUGUCGCCUGGUAUACAGGGUCUUCUCAACGCCCAACAAGUACGACAUCGUCAAACUAAACAUUGGAAUCCAAAAUUCAAAAACUUGCGAAAACAAAAAUUCGUAAAAAUUGAUAUCCCUGAUUUCCAGGAAAAAUUCGAAGAACUUUCAAAAGAGGAAGUUCGUAGUCGAAUGAAAGAAAGAGGAGUCCUUCCACCAAGACCAUGGAUGGAAAGACCAUUUCAUAUCAGUUGCACAGGUGGAAUGUUUGAGCCGUACGUGCCACCAGAGGGUGAUGGCAAAAAGUCUAUUAUAUCGUCUACAGGAGCAAAACAAAAAUUCGAGUUUUUGGAAAAGAAGGGCAAAAGUAUGAUGGCAGUGCGAAAAAUUAAAAGCUUUGAAGAAGACUUCGAUAAAGACGACUUCGCAUAUCAUGCUCAAGACAUAUACAUUAAUGCCCAUCAGUUGAUGGCAGCUAAAAAAAAGCACGAACUACGACAGAACGUCACAGAGCGGUGCUAUCCCGAAAUGAUUCACAACACGAAAGACAAAACUAUUCACUGGAAAUUCCUCAAAUCACUUGAACCACCCAGAGUUGUACAUGCCCGAUGCACAGACAUCAUCACAAAAGAAAAUAUUUUCGCUCAAGUGACUGUUCGUUUUCACACCCAACAACAGUUGGCCAUUUACGAUAGAUUUGGUCGUCUCAUGCAUGGUAGUCCUAUAAUUGCUAAGGACGUUCUCGAGUAUGUCGUUAUGGAAAAGCACAUUUCAAAUGAGUAUGGAGUAUGGCGAAUGCAUGAUAAGAUCAUUCCUGAUUGGUUCCCUGCUAGGCAGCCGGCGCCCAUUACUUUCAGGGUAAUUGAAGAACCUGAAGAGGAGACAAAAUUAAUUGAAGAACCUGCUAAACCUGAUGAGAAGAAACUGGAGGAAAUUCAGGCCGGUUCAUCUGAACCAUCCAAAGAAAAGCUUAUUACUGCCUAAGUUCAAAAGUUUUAUUUUGUGUGUUUUUAUUAUUUAGACAAAUAUAAAUAUAUACACAUUUGAA